CGCAAAGAUGAGUGGGUUUAACAGUCUUGCUCCCAAGACAAAGAACCUGAUCGUGGCUGGGGGCUUGACGGGGUUUGUGUUUGGGGUCUAUUUCUAUACAAUGAGAGCUGUUGGCGGUACCGAUGAACUUCAGGUCGCUAUUGAUAAGUUUGAAGGCCAAAGAAGGAAGCAAGAGGCUGAGGAAGCUCUACCUUCAAAGGCUUGAUGCACGGCAACUGAAAAUGGCUGCACUGCUUUUCUUUGGUGUUCAGUGCGAUGGUUUCUGUUUUCUCUUUUCGCGGUGAAAUAGCUCGGUUCUUCCAUUGUUAGGUGCUAUUUGGUUUGUUCAUAUGGAUAAAGAUAUAUCCUGAACUUUACAACUUCUCAUGAACAUACAAUGCGAGGAAGAGUGGUCUUCCCCUUUGGUUAGAAUUGUCUUUUAGAUCCUUCUGUGGUUCAUCUCUUUUGAAUACAUUUAGACAGUCGAGGUAUCCAAGCUCAAUGAGUUACUCUCAA